AUGGCCAAUGAGGAAUGCAUGUGGCCAGAAGCCGAGCCUGAGCGCAAAAGCGGCGACGGCCAUGGGGGAAAACCAGACCAGCACUACAGUCAAACGACUCGAGAAACAACUACACCUUCCUCGAACCCUUGCAAACCAGCUGCUCAAUUUUUUCUUAAAAUGGUCUCAGGAAGCUGUGCCUGCCGCUAUAUCCGCUACAAAACUUCCAUCCCGCCUCAAAAACUGAUCAACUGCCACUGCGUGGAAUGCCGAAAACAAGCCGGAGCUCCUUACCAGGCCUGGGUAUUCUUUCCGGCUGAUGCUAUUCAAUGGACUGUCGAGCCGACUGAGUGGCGGUCGAGCGAUACAGCUGCGCGCAGCUUUUGUCCUCGCUGUGGCUCGACGAUGACGAUGUACCUUGAUAAGGACUUACCAGACACUGGUGUUGCUGCGGGGACGUUGGAUGAUGAUGGGAUGACAGAAAUGCCGCAGCCGGCUGCCCAUAUCUUCCUGAAGGAGAAAGCUUCUUGGUUCGAGGUACCCAAGGACGGGGCUGAGAGGUUCCAAGAGUGGACUUCUUGA